UAAAAAAUAAAAUAUUAACUAUUAAUAGGUCUAAGAACUUACUGAAUACACCCGAUUGCAGGUUAUCAAUAACAGCUUUUCUUAUCUACUCAAUAUGAUAAUUUAAUAUUUUUAUCUCAAUUUUUUUGAUUACAUAUUUCAUUAACUUACAGUGUAUUUUUAUUUAUUUUUUUAAACCUUUGAACCUCCAGUCCCCCACAGUCGUAUCAGAUCGUUCAAGUUUUUAUAAUUAGGUUGUCGAAUACCUACACCAAAUUAAUAUUAUUCUUUAAUUUGGAAUAGUAACCCGAUCCACUGGACAUCAAAAAAUUACUUGACAACAAUGGACAACAAAGAUGAUGAACUACCUGACAAAGAUGCAGCCAAAGAAUUUUAUGCUAGAUAUGAACCCAAAGAAAUAUUGGGCAGAGGUGUUAGUUCGACUGUACGGCGAUGUGUAGAAAAAGAAACUGGCAUGGAAUUUGCCGCUAAAAUUAUAGACCUCAGUAAUGAUCCUGAAAAUAGAGGAGCUACCAUGGAAGAAAUCAAUAUAUUAAGAAUGGUUAUUGGACAUCAAUAUAUUAUACAUUUACAUGAUGUAUUUGAGUCGGAGACAUUCAUAUUUUUGGUGUUUGAACUUUGCAGAAAUGGCGAGUUGUUUGAUUAUUUAACUAAUGUUGUGACAUUGUCUGAGAAAAAAACUAGAUAUAUAAUGAGACAAUUAUUUGAAGCUUUACAACAUGUUCAUAGACAAGGUGUUGUACAUAGAGAUAUUAAACCUGAAAAUAUUUUGCUUGACGAUGCACUGGAUAUAAAACUUACUGAUUUUGGAUUUGCAAGUGUUGUAAAACCUGAUCAACCACUCAGAGAUUUAUGUGGUACACCAAAUUAUUUAGCUCCAGAAGUAUUAAGAGUAAAUAUGUUUGAUGAUGCUGAUGGAUAUGGAUUCUCGUGUGAUCUGUGGGCAUGUGGUGUAGUUAUGUACACACUAUUAAUUGGUUGUCCUCCGUUUUGGCACCGUAAACAGAUGAUUAUGUUGAGGAAUAUAAUGGAAGGAAAAUACACUUUUAAUUCUCCAGAAUGGCAAGAUAUUUCUGAGGCACCAAAAGAUUUAAUUAGAAAACUUUUAGUUUUGAACCCAAAUGAAAGGUUAACAGUAGAUGAAGCACUGGAACAUCCAUUUUUUAAUGUUAAAAUGUUUGAUCAAGAUAUUGUACCACUGAAAAGAACAUUAAGCUUAAGUUCAUCAAAAUUCAAUCAAAUUUCAAAACUGGCUAAACAAAUUAAAGUAAGACCAUUUAAUGCUCGUAAGAAAUUUUUAUAUGCUAUCCUAGUAGUGCGAGUGAUGGUCAGGUUAUUACAAUUAUUACCAUGUUCAACUGGUAAGAUUUCUAUAAAAUUGGUUAAACAAGAUCCAUACAGGCAUAAAAUAUUGAGAAAACUUACUGAUGCGAUGGCGUUUAGAGUCUAUGGACACUGGAUUAAAAAAGGAGAAGGACAAAAUAGAGCUGCUCUUUUUGAAAAUAUACAUAAGACUGAAUUAAAAGCCACGGCAGUUGACUUGAAAUGUUAGAAAUACAAUGAACUAUGAAGGUCCUCAAAAUCACUCAUUGUGAAAUACCUACUGUUGUGAUUGAGAAGCGAGAAGAAAAUUUCAAGCAGUCGACGAGAACGUAUUGUGUGAACAUUUAAGAGCGCAUACGGUAUGGCGGUAUACGGACAUGCGGUACGAUCCCAAUAAUCGAAUUCAAUGUACCUAUAUAGAGGUAUAGGUAUAAUAAUAAAAUGUAUGCAGUUGACGCGGCGACUGCUGAAGAAAUGUCCAAAAUUCUGGCCUCCACGUGACGAAUUUUAUUUCUAACAACAGGUAGGAAUAAUAUAAAACCUAUACGUAUGUAUUACAUUUAAAUAUCAUCUAAAUAUAGACAAUCGAAAUCCCCUCCCCCACACACACACACACACACACACACACACACACCACAACUCGUCAUAUCACCGAGUUCCCUUGACCCGAUUGCCGGUCGACGACGUACAAUUUUAUAUUUUAUUUAUUUUGUAUUUUUGCACACUUAUUCCCCUCCUCCCACACCAACCCCUUGACGACCCUCUGAAAUUCGAGUGUCGUUCUCACGGCACGCGGGGCACAACUCGGCCUGCGGGUUUCGCGUAACAUUCCACUUUCCACUCCACCGUCGACCGUAAUUUACACUGUAAUAUAUUAUUAUGUUAUGGGCCCCCCCUCCCCACGGACAUUUUGUUAAUAUUAUUAUUAAAGAGUUGUAAUAGCCAGUUACAACGACAACACUGCAGUGGCACUAUUACUAUUUACUAUACUAUAAACCGUAUACGUAGUACGUACGCGCAAUAAUAAUAAUAUUAUUGCGCGCGCACACGUAUUAUAUUAUUUCCUACAAUAUCGUACCUAUUGCGGUGUCGGUAAAAUCGAAACGUUGCCAGUUCGACUAUACACUAUGUAUAACGAUAUUAUAUGACCGCGUUGGUUUCGUCAGGAAAAAAAAAAUAAAUAAUAAAAUUAAGAAAUGGUACUCGGCGAGCAGACUCGUACCGAGCCGGCGUGGCGAUGGUCGUACGACUAUAUACGCCGCCGUGCACGUAAUAGUAUUAUUACUAUUACUAUUAUUAUUAUUAUUAUAGUCGUAGCGGGUAAUAACACGUCGUCGUCGUCGUCGUCGUAGAGAGAUCGCCAUUUUAUUUCCGAUCCGCGCGUACAAUAGCGGCGUACGACACGAACCGUCCGACGGCGGCCGCUGUGAUGUUCUAUCGAAAAUAUCGUAUUAUUAUUAUUUAGUGUUACGCAAUGUGUAUUAUUAUCGUACUAUAAAACAGGCGGCGGCGCGGCGAACGGCGGGGAGGGAAAAACGAUUUUCCCGGACAAUAUUUCGAUUCUAACGAUUGUAAAUAUUGUACGAUACUAUCAUAUUAUUAUUAUUAUUGUUAUUUUGUAUUCGAGGGCGACGUUUACACCGCGUGCGACGACACGUUAUUACUAUUAUUAAUUAAUAGUAUUUAUAUUAUUAUUUUAUAAAUUUUAUUUAGGUACGAUAUUAUAAUGUUAUUUUUACAAGGCGUACCGGUAAAAAACCGUACGCACCGCCGACACACGCAAGACGAUCGCGCGCGGCACGUUACGCGCAAAAGUGAAACGAGCGUUGUCGCGUCCGCCGAGUUUUGCCGCGCACUCGCCUCUCCCCGCCCAGGCGUGCGCGCGGUCGCGGUGUGUACGGCGCGUCGCCGGUCGCCACGCCGUGCCGUCACCGCCGUCGUAAUAAUCGUACGCACACGACUCGAUACGGACGCCACGCCCACCCGGUGGACUUGUACGCGCCGGAUUGGACGGCGGCCCGGACACGUGAGCAACUGCCAGCGUGCAGCGCCCGGGCCCCGCCGCCGAUCAUUUCGACUCGCGAAAAUCCUACGCGCACCACGUAGCCCGUCGCGCACCCGGCACCGCACAAGCCAGUAGCCUCAGCGGCACAGCGACGACCGACCUGUGGGCACGUCAUUCAUAGAGCGGUUAUUAUUUUUUAUUUUUUUCGUUUUUUUUUAUUUAGUUUUCGUCGUCGCGCGCUUCAACCCGUUCGUUUUCGUUUUCGUUACUGUUGUUAUUAUUAUUAUAAUAUUAUCAUCGUCGUCGUCGUUGUUGUUGUUGUUGUUGUUGUUGUUAUUGUUUGAAAAAUUUACGCUUUAAAAACAACGUACAAUUGGUAUAUUAUUGUUUCUGGUCCCCGGGUGUACCACAGACGUUUGCGCUCGUUUACGGGAUCUACUGCCGCCGGUUCGUACGACUGGAUUACGUUUCGCGCGCGACACGAGAAUAGGAAAAAGCUUCAAAAGCCCGUCGUCGUCCGCGUGACGUUUUCGAUCGGUCUCCUGCGUCGCCGGCGGUUCGCGCGCGCGUCACGUUCAAA